GAGAGAGAGAAAGAAGAGAGAGAGAGGAGAGAAGAAGAGAGAGAGAGAGAGAAAAAAAAAAGAGAAAGAAGAGAGAGAAAGAAGAAAGAGAGAAAGAGAGAAAGAGAGAAAGAGAGAGAGAGAGAGAGAGGAGAGGAGCAGCGAGUGUGA